CGCGUGGGCUUGUUCCUGCAGAAAGCGCUUGUCAGCAGGGGAGGGCAGCAGCUCGGCAGCCAGCUCGGCCCACGUGACUGUUUAUUCUCACUCCCUCUGAAAAGAUCUUACCCAGGGGAGCGAGCUUAGCAGCGCGCAGCCAAAAGUCAUGCCCACUUAGCCCCGCGCAGCCCGGAGAGGAGCAGCCGCCUCGGGCCUGGCUCCCAUGUCUCAGCGGGUGGAGGACCAGGUGAGGGUACCGCCUGGGGCUACCGGACUGUACCGAGCAAUGCUGGUCAAAUCAGCGUCCAUGUAUUCGGAAAUCCAGAGGGAGCGGCCUGAGGUCAGGAAUUUCAUGGCUCACCCGGACUACAUCGAUGGAAACCCGGAUCUCAUCAAGCCUAAGAAGCUCCUCAACCCCGUCAAAGCCUCGAGGAGCCACCAGGAGCUGCACCGCGAGCUGCUGAUGAACCACAAACGGCGGCAGCAGCGGCUGGAUCAGCUGGAGCGAGAACACGAGAAGGAGGAGGAACAUGCACCAGAAUUUAUUAAAGUGAAAGAGAACUUGCGAAGAACAUCGGUGCCCGCCGGGGACGAGAAAGCAGCGUAGCGUCGGCCC